AUGUCACAGAGCAUUCUUAUGGUGACCAUUUUUAUGAUUUUCAUCAACCAUUCAAGUUCUACUUUCCAUGGUUCUAGUGGAGUGGAGAAACUGGACACCGUGGUGGAGGAAGCCGAAGAUCAUUUAGCAUAUCCAAGCACAAGUGAUUGGAUUGAAGAGUUGAAUGAUGGCAUGGAAGAUGAUGAGUGGCAAUUGGUGCAGAAGAAAGGGAACCAAUUUGUAGUGAACGAUCAACCUUUCUAUGUUAAUGGAUUCAACACUUAUUGGUUGAUGGUAUUUGCUGCUGAUAAAUCCACAAGAGGAAAGGUCACUGAUACAUUCAAACAGGCAUUUUCAGUGGGUCUAACUGUUUGUAGGACUUGGGCUUUCAACGACGGCCAGUGGCGAGCUCUUCAGAAAUCUCCAUCAGUUUAUGAUGAAGAAGUUUUCAAGGGUUUGGAUUUUGUGAUAAGUGAAGCAAGGAAGUACAAGAUCAGGCUCAUAUUGUCUUUAACCAACAACUGGGAUGCAUAUGGUGGAAAAUCACAAUAUGUCAAAUGGGGAAAAGCAGCUGGUCUGAAUUUGACUUCAGAUGAUGACUUCUUCUCUCAUCCAACACUCAAAAGCUACUACAAGGCCCAUGUUAAGACGGUUCUUAACAGAGUUAACACACUCACAAACAUUACUUACAAGGACGAUCCCACAGUUUUUGCUUGGGAACUGAUGAACGAGCCUCGAUGCACCUCAGAUCCUUCGGGUGAUAAACUGCAGGAUUGGAUACAAGAAAUGGCUGUUUAUGUCAAGAGCCUCGAUCCAAAGCACUUGGUGGAGAUCGGAUUGGAAGGAUUUUAUGGUCCCUCAGCACCUGGCAGAGUUCAGUUUAAUCCAAACACAUAUGCUCAACAAGUUGGAACUGAUUUCAUAAGGAACCACCAGGUUUUGGGUGUUGAUUUCGCUUCUGUUCACAUCUAUGCAGACUCUUGGAUUUCACAAUCAAUCUCUGAUUUGCAUCUCCAAUUUACCAAGUCAUGGAUGGAAGCCCACAUUGAGGAUGCAGAGAAAUAUCUUGGGAUGCCGGUUGUGUUUUCGGAGUUUGGUGUGUCUUCGAAAGACCCCGGCUACAAUUCAUCGUUUAGGGACACCCUUCUCAGCACAGUGUACAAGACCAUCCUCAACUCUACUAAGAAAGGAGGGAGCGGAGGUGGGAGUUUUUUGUGGCAGCUCUUCCCUGAAGGAACUGACUACAUGGAUGACGGGUACGCAAUCGUUCUUUCGAAAUCUCCCUCAACAUCAAACAUCAUAGCCCUUCAAUCCACAAGACUUGCCCUCUUCAACUCUAGAUGUUCUUGGAAAAGCCACUGGGGCUGCAGGAAGAAGAAUCCACUAGAGACAUUCCCAUUAUACUAUGAUGAUCUGUAA